UUUCGCAUUUGUUGGUCCUAAAAAACCUUUCUCUUCUCGGUUGUACGCGCGUUUUCAUCCAAUUUUCAUAUUUAGGGCCGAGCUACAAGCCGGCGAGCUGCCAACUUUCCGAGCAAGUGAUCCAAGGCAGUGCAGUCUUUUUUUGUUCCCUUCAACCUCGUCUUUCGUUUCUUAAAACACGCUCUCUUUCUAAUGGACGAAUCGCAGAAGCUGCGGGUGGCUGCCGAGACCAGCGACGACCUGCUCGCAUACGAGCUGCAGGACUCGGGCGCUGCCAUUCCCCAGCCCGAGCUGAGUGCACAGGACCAAAUGGCCAAGCAAAUCGCCCAGCUGUGGGCGGCCCAUGCCAAUUUCGAUGGACUGUCAGAAAGCGACGCCUCAGAGCAAGACACAGCUGUUGCUGACAAAAACCCCGCCUCGAAUGAGCCCGAGCUGGACGCAUACGCGGUGCGCGCACAGGUGCACGAGAGGCUGGCCCAUGCGCAGAGCGAGAUCAUGGUUGCGCUGGAUGUGGUCCAGCUGCUGCUGGCCAACGAGAGGCAGAAGCUGACCGAGGCCCUGGGCAAUGCAGGCGGAGUCAAAAAGAAGCACGAUGACGUGCACGUCUCGCGUGUAGCGGCCACGGCCGUGGCCAGUGUCGUCCCCGACCACCCAAUGCCUCUGCCGGUGGGCGCCCUAGGCACAACGCGCACCGACAAGGUCCGCCUGGCCGAGCAGCAAAAGGUAGACCGCAUGAAAUUUGUGCUGGGCGCCAAGCAGCAGCAGCUGAAGGAGGCUGCCGAUAUCCUCAGCGAGAGCGCCCAGCGCCUGCAGAACGUCGCCAACAGCGAGAACCGGUUCUGGCGCGGGGCCUUUGAGAUGCGCAGGCGCAAUUGGACGGUCAUGCAGCGCAACCGGAAGGUGUUUGGCGACCGCUUCUUUAUUCCGCUACGGGUACUCUGACGCUGGCUCGACGUUCCCAGAGGAUGGCGUUGCCGAGCUCAUUCGCGAGGACGUCGAUGCCGAAGACGAUGACGUGCCGCUAGCUAUCCCCAAGCAGGAGAACCGCCGCCUGUCGGUGCGCUUGACGUCGGCCAAACAGCCGAGCACAUAUACUAGCAACGAUCUCCUGGACGGUGCGGAUGCACACAC